AUGAAGGUCAAGGAUGCGCUGUACGAGGAUGCUAGGCCGUACUUGGAGCUUAUGCGCGUGCACAAGCCCAUCGGGGUCUACCUCAUGUUCUGGCCCUUCGCAUGGGGCCUCACGCUCGCAGCGCGCCGGCAGCGCCUUGAUUUUCCGACGUACGUCGGUCUGUUUGGCGCGUUCUUUGCGGGGGCGUUUGUGUUGCGGAGCACGGUGUGCACGUUGAACGAUAUUAUGGACCGCGAGUUCGAUCGGAAAGUCGAGCGAUGCAAGACGCGCCCGAUCGCGAGCGGGCGGGUGUCGGUGCGCGCCGCGGUCGUGUUUUAUCUGGCGCAGAUGGGCGUCGUGCUGGGUUUGAUGGGGCUGUUGAGUCGGGGGGCGAAGGUGUGGGCGGUUGUGGGGCUACAUCACGUAUAUCCGCUGCUCAAGCGGUGGACGAACUGGCCGCAGGCUUGGCUUGGGCUGGCUAUGAACUGGGGGUUGCCGGUGGCGUGGGCUGCGGUCAAUGGGGCUCAUGUCGAGCUGAGUGUGUUUGGUGCGUUGCUCAUGGGGAGCUGGUGCUGGACAGUCCUGUACGACACAAUCUACGCCUGCCAAGACAUCCAAGACGACGCCAAAGCUGGUGUCAAGUCGACCGCGCUGCUCUUCGGCGUGUGGAUCCUCCCCAUGCUCAGGCUCUUCGCCGCCGGCCUCGUCGUAUCGCUGAUUGCGACGGGCGUCCUCGCGGGGUUUGGGGUGGCGUACUACGCGUUCGCGGUCGGAGGCGUGACAUUGCACCUCGUGUGGCAGUUUCGGAGCGUGGAUCUGGGGUCGUUGAGGAGUUGCGGGGAGAUUUUCAAGGCGAAUGUGUGGGUGGGCGGGUUGAUUUGGGCGGGAUUGUUUGGGGAGUAUGUUUUGUCUUAG